GUGUGUGUGUGGACAUUGCCAUGAUUUUACUGAAGCUGCCAUUCUCAACGGUCGUUUUCAUUCCCGUGAGCCUUGUUACAACUUGUAAAUGAGUACUCGUGAGAUUUCCCUUUUUCGAAUAUUUCAGGCCAACCAAAUCUUUCCUCGCCACAAAAUCCAAUUUUCAAGAACUUUCCACCAUCAAUUUACAAACACUAUACGUAUAUAAAUUUUCCUGAAGAGACAAUUAGAACAUAAUCUCAUUGCUUUUUCACGUCUAACAUGUCAUUGAAGAAAUCAACGACGUUCAGAAUUGGUAAUACGGCGAAUGGGAAUCACGAUGAUAGCUCGAGUGGAGAAGAGGAAUAUGAGGUGCACGAUUUGAGAGAUAGAAUAAAGUCAUCGAGGGGAAGCCGAUUCAAUUUGAUUGAGAACGAGUUCGAGCUCGAGGUGAAUCGCCGGAGAUUUAGCAGACAGACCGUCAUCAAUGGCCUUAAAGAUCUUUCACGAGGCUUAGUCAUUCAUCCCGAUAACAGAUGGUAUCGGGCAUGGGAGAAAUUCAUACUGAUAUGGGCAAUUUACUCAUCUUUCUUCACGCCAAUGGAGUUCGGGUUUUUCCGGGGACUGCCCAGGAAGCUUUUCUUCUUGGACAUUGCUGGUCAAAUCACCUUUCUUGUCGACAUUAUCCUGCAAUUUUUUGUAGCCUAUAGAGAUAGUCAUUCCUACAAAAUGGUUUAUAAGCGUACCCCAAUUGCCAUACGGUACCUCAAAUCCCAUUUUAUCAUUGAUCUUCUAGGUUGUAUGCCUUGGGAUGUUAUUUACAAGGCUGUUGGAAGAACAGAAGUGGUGAGGUACCUUCUAUUGAUUAGAUUGAGCCGGGUUCGAAAAGUUACAGCUUUCUUCCAUAGGAUGGAGAAGGAUAUCAGGAUCAAUUAUCUCUUUACAAGGAUAGUAAAACUUAUUGCUGUGGAACUCUAUUGCACGCAUACAGCAGCUUGCAUCUUCUACUAUCUAGCAACCACUCUGCCUGCGGAGAAGGAAGGAUACACAUGGAUUGGGAGUUUGAAACUGGGGGACUAUAGUUAUUCACACUUUAGAGAGCUUGAUCUAUGGAAGCGAUAUACAACUUCCUUAUAUUUUGCCAUUGUUACCAUGGCAACAGUUGGCUAUGGAGAUAUACAUGCAGUCAAUCUGAGAGAAAUGAUAUUCAUUAUGAUUUAUGUCUCUUUCGACAUGAUUCUUGGUGCAUACUUGAUCGGUAACAUGACAGCAUUGAUUGUCAAAGGAUCAAAGACAGUAAGAUAUAGGGAUAAAAUGACAGAUCUUAUUAAAUAUAUGAACAGAAAUAAACUCGGAAGGGACAUCCGUAAUCAAAUAAAAGGUCACUUGAGAUUACAAUAUGAAAGCAGCUACACUGAUGCUUCUGUUCUCCAAGAUAUCCCAAUCUCAAUUCGUGCCAAGAUAUCUGAGUCUUUAUAUAAGUCUUAUGUUGAAAAUGUUCCUCUAUUCAAGGGAUGCUCCUCAGAGUUCAUCAAUCAAAUUGUAACUAAGGUCCACGAGGAAUUUUUUUACCCAGGAGAAGUUAUAAUGGAACAGGGAAAUGUUGUGGAUCAACUCUAUUUUGUUUGUGAUGGUGUUCUGGAGGAGGUUGGCACUGGGUCAGAUGGAUCAGAGGAAACAGUCUCACUUCUGGAGACUAAUAGCCUAUUUGGAGAAAUUUCCAUUCUUUGCAACAUUCCUCAGCCAUAUACAGUUCGGGUUUGUGAAUUGUGUAGGCUCUUGCGGAUUGAUAGACAGUCUCUCUCCAAUAUUCUUGACAUAUAUUUUCAUGAUGGGCGAAAAAUAUUGACAAACUUAUUGGAGGGUAAAGAAUCUAGUCUUCGGGUGAAGCAACUGGAGUCAGAUAUCACCUUACAUGUCGAAAAACAGGAGGCUGAGCUUGCUUUGAGGGUGAACAGUGCGGCUUAUCAUGGUGAUUUGUAUCAAUUGAAAGGUCUGGUUCGGGCAGGAGCUGAUCCCAACAAGAAAGAUUAUGAUGGGAGAUCACCCUUGCAUCUUGCUGCAUCACGAGGUUACGAAGAUAUUGCUCUUUUUCUGAUACAAGAAGGUGUAGAUGUGAAUGCUGCAGAUAAUUUUGGAAAUACACCCUUAUUUGAAGCAAUCAAGGGUAGACACGACAGAGUUGCUGCAUUGCUUUCUAGAGAGGGGGCCUUGUUGAAGAUUGAGAAUUCUGGUAGUUUCUUAUGCACAUUGGUCGCAAGAGGAGAUACUGAUUUUCUCAGAAGACUUUUAUCCCAUGGAAUUGAUCCAAACUUCAAAGACUAUGAUCACCGAACCCCACUUCAUAUAGCUGCCACUCAUGGAUUAUAUUUGAUGGCAAAAUUGCUUUUGGAAGCGGGGGCAAGUGUUUUCUCAAGGGACAGAUGGGGAAACACCCCAGUAGACGAAGGGAAAAUGUGUGGAAACAAGAAUAUGAUUAGACUUCUGGAAGAAGCUAAAGCUGCCCAAUUAUCCAAGUUCCCUGAUUGCUCUCAAGAUGUCACAGAUAAAAUGCACCCAAAGAAGUGCACUGUGUUUCCUUUCCACCCAUGGGCUUCCAAGGAAGGUACAAAAUGUGGUCUUGUAAUGUGGAUUCCUCACAGCAUUGAGGAGCUAAUCAAAACAGCAUCAGAGCAACUGAAAUUUCCACAUGGCUCAUGUAUAUUAUCAGAAGAUGGAGGAAAAAUUCUUGAGGUCGAUAUGAUAAGUGAUGGCCAAAAGUUAUAUUUGGUUAAUGAAACAAAUUAAAUGUCACUCCCUUGUAUAUCAUUUAAAACACACGUUGCUUUCUUGAGUUUGGGAAUAUCGCAUUUCGUGUUUCUUGGGGGGGAGAAUCACUCGUUGUGGGACUUCGUUUAUGAGGUCCACUCUUCCCAAGACUCUAAUCCUUUGGUGGGAAAGUUUAGGUGAGAAGUCAUUUCCCUCGAACAUGAUUGUUAAUGAAUGUCUGUAAAGGUUGAAUCUGUAACAUUGAAAGAAGGGUGCUCUAUGCUCUAGUAUCGUUUUGAUUA